AGCUAAUAUGGAAGAGCUCAUACAAAUAAAGAAAAGUAUUAAAAAAGCAUUACAACACUUCAAAGAUGAAAAAGAAAAUAAAGUACCAAGAGUUAAGCUAUGCUUUGACACACAACACUAUUUUGACGCAGGAGCUGGCAAAUUUAUAGAAGACUACAAAGAA